CUUCAUGAUUGAUGUUUGGAAAAUUUUGUUUUCAGCGUGUGUUAGGUUGGGAAGAAACCAUGGGGAAGGAAAUUUUGAUUUUUGAGUUUUCAAUGAAAAGGGGUAGUCAAUAGCAUUACUUUUUGUUUUUCCUUUUACAGUAUAGGAUUCCAUGCUAGGUACAAUCCCUAAUCAAGAACAACAGAACUUGAUAAAGCUCAAGUCUUUCUGGAUUUUGAGAGGAGGGGAAAAUUUGUUCUAAGAUGCCAGGAAAACCUGACACUGAUGAUUACGGUGAGCAGAUCCAGUUUCAUCCUUGGUGGCGCGCAGUUGGGGAAAAUGCCUCCAAAUCUUCUUCAGCUGAUCAGUUAAAUGGUUCUCCUUCACUGCCUGGAACUGAUAAGACUGGUGGUAAAGAGUACCAAAACAUCAAACAUGACUUGACUUCAAUCUCAUUUACCAUGGACAAAUACCUUGCUCCCACUCCUCACACAGAAUUUGUUGGUCACUCAGUUGUUUUAACAUCUCCUUAUUCAGAUGCACAGUAUGGUCAAAUAUUGACAACUUAUGGCCAACAAGUUAUGAUAAACCCUCCAUUGUAUGGAAUGCAUCAAGCUAGAAUGCCUUUGCCACUUGAAAUGGAAGAGGAACCUGUUUAUGUCAAUGCAAAGCAGUAUCAUGGUAUUUUGCGGCGAAGACAGUCACGUGCUAAGGCCGAGCUCGAAAAGAAAGUAAUCAGAAACAGAAAGCCAUACCUGCAUGAAUCGCGUCAUCUGCACGCCAUGAGAAGGGCAAGAGGCAAUGGUGGUCGAUUUCUGAACACAAAGAAGCUUGAAAAUAAGAGUUCUAGUGUCACUUCUGAGAAAGGCAACAAUAGUGGUGCAAACCUGUCAGCAAACUCGUUUAACACUCUGCAUAGGCUCACCAACAAUGAGAAUCUAGGCUCAUCAAACAUGGUUCAGGACAUGCACAGAGUGCAGAGUUUGAACAAUGGUUACCAUAAUGGAAAUGGUCUUACAGCACUGUACCUUUCACAAGUGAAUGGAAAAAAGGAGGGAGGAGACUACUUUGGUAAAGAGAGAGACCCUCUUGGGGCUUUCAAAUAGCACUUCCCUCUGCCAUACAGCAACAGUUAGGUGAAGAAGGGCUUAAUCUCAUCCAACUUAUGAUGCUGUGUUGAAGGCAAAUCAUUCUUGGCUCAGUUAAGUGGUGAGACCAGUGUCAUGGUGUACUCUAUUCCUUCUUUGGUCUCUCCCUUUGCUUUUGUUUUCUCUUUGCAUCUCCAUUUGUUAAUGGGAUGACAAAGAAAAAGAAAAAAAUCACUUUGGUUUCAGAACUCUUUUAUGCUUCAAACUAUGUGACAGUUGAUUAAACUGUGAAGUGAUUUAAGACAUAUAUGCUGCACAAAACCUUAAAAACUUUA